ACUUCUAUUAAUGGAUCUCAUAAUUCUUUCUACGACAAACUUGAAAAUUGUUUGCCAAAAGAGCAGACAUUAAAAGACCACAUAUCCAAUGAGCGUUACUACGAAAUUGAGUGUCCAGAGGGGAGUCUGCAUGAGGAGCAAGCAAAGGCUAUAGAAGACGUUAGAAAAUGCAUUGUUCAAACUGCAAAGAGUCUACCACACUGGGGUGAAAAAAUACCUGUUCAAUGGUCAACAUUUGAACAUUAUGCACGUGCAAAUAAAUGCAAGAAAAUUUUGGCCAUGGUUGAAUUAAAAACUAUGGAGGAAUUUAAGUCAAUGGGUGAAAACGACAUGGAUGAUAUGCUUAGAUUUUACCAAGAGAUUGGACAGAUUUUAUACUUCUCAGAUGAAGGUCUUCGAGAAAGCAUUAUACUGGAUGUUCAGUGGUUUGUAGAUGCAUUUAAAAAUAUCAUUACAGACCCAACUCAUGCUCGCCCAUUCUGCAAAAAGGUUAAGGACUGGGAGAUAUUCAUGAAAACUGGCAGAAUUUCCGAUUCAACGCUUCACAAAGUUUGGAAGAAAAACAACAGUGAAUCCUACAUUUUUCAAAGGGACAAAAUUAUGCCAUACAUGGAAAAACUUGGCAUUCUUGCCAAAAUUCGAACACAAUUGGUUAGGAAAAAAGAACAUGAGAAGGUUCCAUCUGAACAUCAGACAGAAUCAGUUUAUUAUAUUCCUAGUAUAAACAAAACCGACAUUACAGAAAUGUGCAAAGAAGUCAUCAGCAAAGGAAACAAGACUCCCAUUUUAGUUUUUUCUUUCAAAACCUACCUCCCGCAUUUCUUCUUCUACAGACUCGUUGUUACAUGUUUUUCUAUGUGGGAGUCUUUAAGUGAUGACCUUUUUUGUAAAAAUCUCGCCUUUUAUAAAGAAAAGGGAGGGGAUAGGAAUAUUGCUAUUGGUGUUAACAAAACAUCUAUUCAACUUCAAGUAUUUACACCGGGUGACAACAUUGAGCUGACAGCAGACAAAACCAGGGAAAUCAGAAAACACGUAGAAACCAUGAUUCAACAACUUGCCACGACUUUCCACCAGAAAGCUUUGUACGAAGUUGGAUAUGUGUGCAAGGAUCUGGAGAUAACGGAAGAGGACGAAGAUUGUUUCCUCUCCGAGGAAGUCGUUAAAGAACUUGAAACCAAUGAAAGAUUAUGUCCACGAUAUUAUGAGAUAUAUCACGGGGAACACAACAUUGUGCGUGAUAAUCUAUUACACUACUGGUAUCAGGAUAGUGAUGACAUCGAUGAGUUACCUUAAUGCAAAUCAUAUAAACAGUACCUAAUAUUGGAAAAAGAAAUUAAUUUAA